GAUGAAACAAACCACAUUAUCCGCCGGACCAGCGUGCGAGGAACACAGAAGCUCACUCUUGCUCUCUUUAUGUGCAAAGAGCUGGAUGUGGAAAAUAUUGUGAUUUUCAAUUGUAAGUAGAUCUAGAUAUUUUUUGCAACCCUUCCAUCCCCCUGCUUGGUUGUUAUUGUGUGCGUGUAACCUCCUAAAAGGCAGUGUUGAAAGAAAUAUGAGCCUCUCACAUUAUAGAAGAUCACUCAACAACUACAGAGAACGACGGGCAAUUUACUACGACUACUGUACGACAAUACUUCAAAUAGAUUAAGAUAACUAACAAGACUACCAGCUUAAGAAUACCACCUCCACAUCUCUAUUUCUUCAUGCUUUUUCCGACGUUGUAUUGAUUAAGAUUACCACAUCUCUAUUUCUUCAUGCUCUUUCCGCCAUUGUACUGCGAAUGGGUUGGUGCUGGUUACUGCAGUUACGAGGAGGCGCACGAAGCAGGUGACGGAGCGACCUACAAAUACAAAAAAGCAGCGAAAUUCAGAUCGUUGCUCUACUUAAGGACUAUUUCCACAUAAUUACAUCCUCUUACAUCGACAUCCUUGAACUAGAAAAUCGGUCAAGGGUGUUCUGAAGAGUGUAAUGCUCCUGCAAGCUUUAACCUACUUUGCAGGUCAUGAACUGAUCAACAUCGUGUUUGCGGUUGGUCAGCAUAGGUUUGGUUUCAUUAUACUCUUCUUCUACGGCGUCUUCGUGCUCUUGCUGAUGUUGUGCUGUCGCGGUGCGAGGUUCGCCUGCAACCGCUACUACUUCGUCCGGGCGGAUACACCAGGUACCUCACUAAAUGAAAUCUUUCUUCUUGGGCGUGCUGCUAGUAAAAACUGUAGGUUGUGGUCCAGCGCAUGCGCAUCAAUCUCAAUUUUGUUGGAAACAUGACUUUUCUUGGAUAGAUGAAGGAGGCAACUGUUUCUUGGAUCGUGUUGCCUAGUAAUACAUGAUGCUCAUGGACGAGCACUAAUGCCUCUUGUAGUAAUUCAUCUUUCUAUCACCAUCCCAGUCGACAAACAAGUCCCCUUGUACGAUUUAUUAUUUGGGGUCCGAUCUUAUGGCAUUGUGACUGCGGCUACCAGUGGGGUCAACAACAGUUUGAAUCAGAAGGCAACCGAUGACUGUGCUGCGAUGGAUAAGAUGCUCGAAGCGCCUCCAUGGUACGAAAACGAACAUCAUUCGAUGCCCAAACAUAUGCGAUUAAGGCUCCUAAAAUUCAUCCUAAAAAAGAAAGAUCUUUGAAUGACACUUUUAUGAUUUUCAAGGCGGGGAAAAACAAAAAGGUCAAAGAUGCGCUUCAAGGUGAAUUUGGGAAAGGCCUAAUGCGACCCAAGACACGCGAUGAGCAUGCACGCCGUGCAAGUCAACAAAUUACGAGCUGUUUAAAUAUAUGUACGCAGAAGCACUCAUAGAGACAUAAUUCUUGCCGCUGCUGUAGAAUACCUAUUCCGAUUUCGUACUUCAUCUUGCGUUGAUGUUUCAUCCCUUGCUAGGCGCUUCCAAAAAUAAUGACGAUGUAAAUUGUGACUUUGUUCUUGUUGAAACUUUAGUAGGCGUUCCACGUCAAUGCACCCAAAGCAAAAGUAGUACAUUACGUGAACCAGCACUUACCCUUUUCGCAAAAACGACCAAGUCUGUCAUCCUCUAAGACCUCUCAUGGGCGGAAGAAGAGACGUGUCCAAGCUUCGAACCUUGUGCACAAUGGAGAGGACCUUUCAUCGACUGAUUCGGAUUCCGCUGAAGAUGCGUCCGGUCAUCCACCUCCUCCACGUCCACCGAAAACGAAAGCAACCGCUAAGUCCGCUUCUGCUUCCUCUGAUAUGAAGUCCAUGCUGGGUGAAAGAGGAUGUAUUUUGAUAGAAAGAACUACUUUCUUACACUACCUACAGAAGUUGACAACUUCUAGUGUAAGAAAGCGAUCUAUGCAACUUGUAUAGAUCACUUUCAUACCUACGUACGUAGUAAAGAGGAGACUCCCCCCGCCCUCUUGUUAAUUUCGUUAGUAGAUGUGAAUGUGGUGGUUCUUGUAGCUGUAAAAUCUAAACCUCCUGAGUUCGCGAAGAGUAGGGCCCCGGCGGGUGCGGGAACACGAUCUUCAAGCGCGACCGCGAAAAGCAUAUCAAACGCGAAAGCAACUGCAACGAGUAGCAUGAGCACGAGAAGCUCAGCAGCUUCUUCUACUUCCGCUAAUGCGUCUGUUCCUCUAGCGAAGUCAGCCAAUGCCUCUGUGAAUGCAGCAAAAGCAAGUACCAAAGCAGGAGCAACCGCCAAAGCUGGUCCUGGUGCAGUGUCUGCAGCAGACCCGACUGGAUCAUUAAGACACCGAUUUAUAAUGGCGCUAAGUCAACUAAGAACUGCACAAAAGCGGUCAUUAUUGUCGCCUCCUCGUCCUGGAAGUGCUCCGCUUAGCGGCUUUUGCAACUUGCUUCCUCUUGGUUUUUCUGUCUUUUGGUUUCGUUUCAUGUGAUUCCCCGCGCCCCUCCAGAGUCCACCGCACCAGCCUGCAAGUGUGUGCCUGGGGAUUCUGGAGGGGCGCGGGGACUUGGAGGGCGCCCGAGGUUCUUGGCUCGCAAUUGGGGGAAGGUUUUCCCGAAGCGAGCGCAGUAGGCGGCGAGUUUUCUGCGGAUUCGUAUCAUGCCCGGCAGGAUUGAAUUUUGUCCGGAUUUUUGCAGUCCUUCGUUGAAUUUUCUCCAUUCAGACUCCACUUGUCUGUGGUCAGGUUUUUCGCUAUAAUCGGAGAGGUUUGAGGCAAUCCGCCUGAGGUUCUUCGUUCUUGGGCCUUUUGGUCUUGUUCAGUGUUGGACUUUUGACCACCCGGCGCCCCGAGGCUCUCGCGCUGGGUGGGAUUAGUUACAAAGAGGAGCGACGCGCUGCCGCCUUUAAAUGCUGGCCAGACCACUCACGCGCGCCGCCGUGUGUGCGCAGAUUGUCGGGGGGGUUUGCUGGCGUUGUUCGCACUCUUUUGAAGUAUUUCAGCGGGGAAGUUUGCGGGGGUUUCGCCGGAAUUGAAUAAACCUCUCUACUGUUUGCCGCUUUCCUGAUCGCUAGGCCAUUUUUGAUGAAAAAACUGAAAAGAUGUCUUCAGAUUUUUUUCCAAAAAUGGCCUUGCAGUCAGGAAAGCGGCAAACAGUAGAGAGGUUUAGUCAAUUUCGUGGCAUUUCUCAAGAAGGGCUGGACCGGUUGCCGCUUGAGUUCCAAAGGGCUCGCGCCUCCUCUUUUUGUUAGGUUUCGACGGUGUGGCGUGCUCGCUGUGCCUCUGGUGCUUCCGCAGGUGGCUGAUUAGAAUGGCGCUAAGUCAGCUAAGAACUGCACAAAAACGGUCACUAUUGUCGCCUCCUCGUCCUGGAAGUGCUCCGCUUAGCGGCUUUUGCAACUUGCUUCCUCUUGGUUUUUCUGUCUUUUGGUUUCGUUUCAUGUGAUUCCCCGCGCCCCUCCAGAGUCCACCGCACCAGCCUGCAAGUGUGUGCCUGGGGAUUCUGGAGGGGCGCGGGGACUUGGAGGGCGCCCGAGGUUCUUGGCUCGCAAUUGGGGGAAGGUUUUCCCGAAGCGAGCGCAGUAGGCGGCGAGUUUUCUGCGGAUUCGUAUCAUGCCCGGCAGGAUUGAAUUUUGUCCGGAUUUUUGCAGUCCUUCGUUGAAUUUUCUCCAUUCAGACUCCACUUGUCUGUGGUCAGGUUUUUCGCUAUAAUCGGAGAGGUUUGAGGCAAUCCGCCUGAGGUUCUUCGUUCUUGGGCCUUUUGGUCUUGUUCAGUGUUGGACUUUUGACCACCCGGCGCCCCGAGGCUCUCGCGCUGGGUGGGAUUAGUUACAAAGAGGAGCGACGCGCUGCCGCCUUUAAAUGCUGGCCAGACCACUCACGCGCGCCGCCGUGUGUGCGCAGAUUGUCGGGGGGGUUUGCUGGCGUUGUUCGCACUCUUUUGAAGUAUUUCAGCGGGGAAGUUUGCGGGGGUUUCGCCGGAAUUGAAUAAACCUCUCUACUGUUUGCCGCUUUCCUGAUCGCUAGGCCAUUUUUGAUGAAAAAACUGAAAAGAUGUCUUCAGAUUUUUUUCCAAAAAUGGCCUUGCAGUCAGGAAAGCGGCAAACAGUAGAGAGGUUUAGUCAAUUUCGUGGCAUUUCUCAAGAAGGGCUGGACCGGUUGCCGCUUGAGUUCCAAAGGGCUCGCGCCUCCUCUUUUUGUUAGGUUUCGACGGUGUGGCGUGCUCGCUGUGCCUCUGGUGCUUCCGCAGGUGGCUGAUUAGAAUGGCGCUAAGUCAGCUAAGAACUGCACAAAAACGGUCACUAUUGUCGCCUCCUCGUCCUGGAAGUGCUCCGCUUAGCGGCUUUUGCAACUUGCUUCCUCUUGGUUUUUCUGUCUUUUGGUUUCGUUUCAUGUGAUUCCCCGCGCCCCUCCAGAGUCCACCGCACCAGCCUGCAAGUGUGUGCCUGGGGAUUCUGGAGGGGCGCGGGGACUUGGAGGGCGCCCGAGGUUCUUGGCUCGCAAUUGGGGGAAGGUUUUCCCGAAGCGAGCGCAGUAGGCGGCGAGUUUUCUGCGGAUUCGUAUCAUGCCCGGCAGGAUUGAAUUUUGUCCGGAUUUUUGCAGUCCUUCGUUGAAUUUUCUCCAUUCAGACUCCACUUGUCUGUGGUCAGGUUUUUCGCUAUAAUCGGAGAGGUUUGAGGCAAUCCGCCUGAGGUUCUUCGUUCUUGGGCCUUUUGGUCUUGUUCAGUGUUGGACUUUUGACCACCCGGCGCCCCGAGGCUCUCGCGCUGGGUGGGAUUAGUUACAAAGAGGAGCGACGCGCUGCCGCCUUUAAAUGCUGGCCAGACCACUCACGCGCGCCGCCGUGUGUGCGCAGAUUGUCGGGGGGGUUUGCUGGCGUUGUUCGCACUCUUUUGAAGUAUUUCAGCGGGGAAGUUUGCGGGGGUUUCGCCGGAAUUGAAUAAACCUCUCUACUGUUUGCCGCUUUCCUGAUCGCUAGGCCAUUUUUGAUGAAAAAACUGAAAAGAUGUCUUCAGAUUUUUUUCCAAAAAUGGCCUUGCAGUCAGGAAAGCGGCAAACAGUAGAGAGGUUUAGUCAAUUUCGUGGCAUUUCUCAAGAAGGGCUGGACCGGUUGCCGCUUGAGUUCCAAAGGGCUCGCGCCUCCUCUUUUUGUUAGGUUUCGACGGUGUGGCGUGCUCGCUGUGCCUCUGGUGCUUCCGCAGGUGGCUGAUUAGAAUGGCGCUAAGUCAGCUAAGAACUGCACAAAAACGGUCACUAUUGUCGCCUCCUCGUCCUGGAAGUGCUCCGCUUAGCGGCUUUUGCAACUUGCUUCCUCUUGGUUUUUCUGUCUUUUGGUUUCGUUUCAUGUGAUUCCCCGCGCCCCUCCAGAGUCCACCGCACCAGCCUGCAAGUGUGUGCCUGGGGAUUCUGGAGGGGCGCGGGGACUUGGAGGGCGCCCGAGGUUCUUGGCUCGCAAUUGGGGGAAGGUUUUCCCGAAGCGAGCGCAGUAGGCGGCGAGUGUUCUGCGGAUUCGUAUCAUGCCCGGCAGGAUUGAAUUUUGUCCGGAUUUUUGCAGUCCUUCGUUGAAUUUUCUCCAAUAUUUUUGUGAUGUAAUUUAUAUAUUUUGGUACACCUCCUGCUCUAGGUGUAACUAGCCUUCACUCAUUUCAAGCACUGUUCUCUCCGCUUCAAAGCAUAUUUUGGUGAUGUGAUUGUGAAUUUAUCCAUCAGGUGUUCAUCAUUAUUUCUUCGAACUCGUCUCUUCUAAAUCUAAUCAUUAUUGCCCACCAUGAAGGAAGCCCAGGGAGCAGAACGACAGCCGGAUCAGCGCCUCAACCGACGACGCCGCGUAAGACUGUGACGCCAAAGCAAAAAAAAACUGAGAUAAAAGCUACAGCGGAAAAAGCGAAAGCUCCUGCUCCUUCACCUGAGUGAUUGCCAAAAGAUGUGAUGAACAGGCAAUAGCACCGAACAACACCACUUGAAGCUAGGAGGAAAUUGCAAUUACAAGCAGUACGAAUACUAGAGAAUUAACGAUGAGGAUGCAACAGAAUGAAAUCCUAGAUUUGUCACGACAAACAGCUUUGUGCACGACAAGAGGUCACCUGGCGAAAUAUAGACGAUGUCGAGCAAGUAGGUCUAGCUUUUCUUGAUAACGCUGUGGCAGUUACUCCUGUCACCCUUGACUUCAUCGACAUGAUGACAUGAUGACAGUGCAACAU